GAUAAAGCCACCAGCAGAGCUACCUGCCCAGUAAGACAGGUGGGGUGGCUGCACCUGAAGCUGACAUGCACACAGACAGACAUGAUGGUAUGAGACUUCUGUUCUAGACUGAGGCGGGAGGAUUAUAAGACUAAAGGCCUGAUCUACACAAGAAGUUUCAGACCAGCCUGGGCUANAUAGUAAAACUCUAUCUGAAAAUAAUUAGGAUCUUAGGCUCACAUUGGUUCCUCAUGCUGAGGGGUGGUGGUUCAGAACUGGACCUAGUCAUCAGGAUGGUACUGCCACAGUCCUGCACAGUACUCCGCGCCCGCCGGCUCGCCAGCCCGCCCAGUGUGCCCGGGCCCGCCUCCGGGGCUUUAUGACAUCACAGCUCCUGUGAGAAUAGUUGCCUUGGCGUCGCAAACGCAGUUCAGGACCAGAAGACUGGAGAAUUGCCGACCGAGGCUUCGGAGCAAGCUGAGUGCACGCGGCUGGUUGGCGAGAAUCUCCUUCAGCUAAGGCCAAGCUUUGCACACCGGUUGAUCCUCAGCCAUGGCGUUCAAGGCACGGUCCUCUAGGUUCUCCGUGAAAAUGAUCGAAGACAGAGACAGCCAGGAUUUAAUAAACAGCUUCUCUUCCUUCAUUGAAGAGAAGAGGAAAGAUUCAAAGAAAAACAAAGGGAAUGUGACUAUUUCUGACCGCUCAAAUAACCCUUUCCAUAUAUCAAGGGAUGUGGAUUACUUUUUGCUCAGAGAGCAGGAGCGGAAUCAAGCUAUUGCAGAGCGUGAACAAAAGAAGAUUUUGAGAGUGCACCAGAAGAUGACCUAUGCAUCCAAGGUAUCAGCCAAGCACACUAGCCUGCGCCGGGAGCUACAGCUGGAAGAUGAGAUGGAACAGCAGCUGCUGAACGCUGAGGCCGAGGAGACGAACUGCUUCCGAGAAAACAAUGAUUGGAAGCUGGCCAUGACCCGAGAAAGGAAGAGAGAGCCUGAAACACUGAAUGACUACAUGGAGAAGAGGCGAAGCAUGUUCCUCCUCCAGUAUGCCCUGGCAAUGAAGCGCAAUGAAAUCCAGCGGCUGGAAAUGCUGGCGACCCGGGAGGAGAACAGGCUGGAGAGGGCAGAGAAGUUCCUGGAGAAGGAUGCGUCCUUGUUUGACGAGUUCCUCAGGGAGAAUGACCGCAACUCAGUGCAGGCCAUGAGACUGGCUGAGAAAGAGACCAAGAUCAAGACGGAGAAGAUCGUUGAGAUCCGGGAACUCACAGCCCAGAUCACGAGCAUCAAAAGCGAAAUCUCCAAAUUUGAAGACACCUUGAAACAUUACAAGAUCUACAAGGAGUUCUUGUACAAGUUGUCACCCAAAGAGUGGCUGGAUGAGCAGCAGGAGAAGCACCUGGCUUUCAAAAGGGCCAAGGAGUCUUCAGAGCUCACCAGGACCAGCAGCACUGCCAUCGUAUUAGGAGACAAAGGAUCUGGCAGUAAGAGCAAGACAGCCUUCCUGUGGAAAGAGGUUCCCGGCUUGAAGAAGGUCACAAAGACUGGGCGGCUUGUAAAGGCACUAUCAUCUAGCAUUCAGAGCCUCCCGCAGGUCGGUCAGCCCACCCAGCUCAGCCUGCACAGCGAGCUGGACUCCAGACUGUCAAGCACCAUGUUUCCAUCACAAGACGACACUGACAGCGAUGGGGAGGAGCUGGCACUAUACUUCACUGAGCCCCAGCAGCUCUUAGANGUCUUCACAAAGCUAGAGGAAGAGAACUUGUCGCUGAUUCAGAACACGCAGGAGAUGGAGGAGACCUUGGAUGAACUGAACGUCACUCUGAAAAACACCCAGAUCCGCAUCACAGCAAGGGACCAGGGAUCUGGAAAGAUCCUGGGGAAACCCAAGGCCCUAAGUGUGGCUAGCUUGGCAGCAGGGGAAGGCUGGACCUGGGUCCACUCCUACCUUGAACCCACUGGACACUCACAGACCCAUACUCCCUGCUGCAGGGACACGAUGUUGGAGAGCCUGAACCACAAGGUGCUGGAAGUCUACCGGAAAUGUGUGGGCAUGCAGCAGGAGGCCAACCUGGGCACAGUGCAGAUGCUGACUGUGGUGGAGCGUCAGCUGGAUGAACUGCUGGAGAAUCUGGAGCGAGUGCCUCAGGUCAAGAUCGAGCAGGCUGAGAAGGCCAAGGAGAGGGAGCGGCGCAUGAGGCUUCGUGAAGAGAAGGCCUUGAUGCAGAAGCAGCUGCAGGAGGAACGUCUGCAGCGGGCUCGAGCCAGGGCCCAGGCUAAAAUAAAGAAGAAGAGAGGCCGGAAAUUGAUAAGUCGUUCCCAUCCACCAGUCAUCAAAGUGAAGGAGGUUCGUGAACAGACGCUGAUCAACAAGGACACGGAGGAGAUGCUCUUCUUCUUCACUUAGCAGCAGAGCUGGCUGCGGGUUUGGGAAGAAGUCAGCAGGAAGUGCAGACAGGGACUGUGAGCCUGAGGGGUCCCUAACUCCAUCUCAUACUUUCCUGUCAGCCUCCUUACUCACAGGAAAUAAAAUCAUGUCUCUUAGGAGUCUGAA